CAACAGGCGGCACGCUGACCGAUCGCCGUUAGCCGCCGCCGGCCAUGGACAUGCCGCCGCCGCCUCCUCCUCCUCCUCCUCAUUUUGGUGGCCCCGCCGCCGGUGGAGGCAGGCCUGACCGGAAGACGGUGGAGCGCAACCGCCGGAAUCAGAUGAACGCCCUCUACUCACGCCUCGACCAGCUCGUCCGCGCCGGCAGCUCGCCGUCGUCUGCACCCCCAGCGGUGCAGUGCGGGCCGCCGGCGAUGACCCGGCCGGACAGGCUGGAGGAGGCGGCGGCGUACAUCAGGCAGACGACGGAGAGGGUGGAGAGGCUCAAGGAGAGGAAGCGGGAGCUGACGGCGGCGCGGGCGGCGUCGUCGUCCCAGGGCUCCUCGUCCGCUGGGGCGGCGGCGGAGGUGGAGGUGCAGCACCUGGGGUCCGGCCUGCACGCCAUCCUCGUGACCGGCGCCCCGCCGAGCGACGGGGCGUCGUUCCACCGCGCGGUGCGCGCCGUCGAGGAGGCCGGCGGCGAGGUGCAGAACGCGCACUUCUCUGUUGUCGGCGCUAGGGCCAUCUACACCAUCCACACGCUGGUCGCGGAGGGGGGCAUUGAGAGGGUGGUGCAACGAUUGAAGGCAGCACUGCGUGGAGAUGCAUGAGCACGUACGUCU